GUCUAAGUAAAGAGUUUGGUGGGGAUAUAACAGAUACGGUUAACACUGAAGAGGUGCCAGUUGAUUGUUUAAUGUGCUGGUGUGCUCAUGUUAAGGCUGCAGGGGUUUUAACCAUACUGGGCUGCCACUAUGGUGCUGUGAUUCUGGGGUUUAUGAUAUAGUGAUGGCAGGGAUAUGGUCAGAGGUCUGGACGUUGUACCUCAUACUGGCUCUUGGUACUCCAGACCCCUCACCAGCACCCCAAGAGAAAUCCCGUGACUUCAGAAGGAUCCUCCUAGGUUUGGAUAAAUGCAAUGCCUGCAUUGGAACAUCCAUUUGCAAGAAGUUUUUCAAGGAUGAAAUAAGGUUUGAAAGAUGGCUGACGGCUCAGUCUAAUCUCUCCUCAGCAGAUGUGCGCUCAUAUGAGGGAAACUAUACAGACAGCACAGCGGGCUGGAGACCUGUGGUGCUGUCCCAAUUGAUGUCUCCUCACCUGCACGAGAUAUCAGACAAUAGCAUUUGCACCUCAGCAGGCAAAGGGAAAUCCUGCAGCAUUGAAGCCGUCCUCAGGGCCACUUCACGCUUCCAAAGUUGGGUUCGCUCCAACAUACUGCUUCCCAGCAUGGUGAAGGGUCUGGUCACCCCGAUGCUGCGCUGCCCAUCUCAGAGGUUGCUGGACCGCAUUGUGCGACGCUACUUCGAAGUGACUGAUGUGGGCAGCAUGCAGAUGAAGCACUUCAGUGAAAAGGACAAACUCAGACUUCUUUACACUCUGGCUGUUAAUCAACAACCCCUUAUACUGCAGAUGUUUCCAGGCACUGAGGGCUGGCCCUUCCUCCGCUACCACGGCUCCUGUGGAAGGAUGAUGGUGUGUGCAGGGAGCAGACCCCUCAGGAGCCUGUUUUCCUCUCCAUUAGAGCGCCGCGCAGACAUCGCCUACCAGCUCCUUCACAUCACCCAGAGCCUGAGCUCCAACAGCCUCCAGUUCAGCCUCUUUUACACCAGUGUCUCAGAGGACAUGUUUGGCACCUUGGAUGAUAGCAGGCUCUUCAUUGUGGAUGCCAGUACCAUAGGGAUCAUUGACUUGCAGGAAGGACAUCCUCCUGAUGAAGACUUGCUACCAGAACACCUUGAUGUCUUCUCCUGUCUGAGCGGAUCUUGUAUGAGACCACCCCCAUGUGAGACUGUCCGAGCCACACAGAGUUUCAUCUUAUUAUGCAAACAUGUCCUUAACAAACUGCUCAUCCCUAAUGAUGUGCAGUCAGGCCAGCUUCCCAGAGCAGCAGUCGAUGAGCUCGCCAUCUGCGCAGACCAAUCUCAGUCUGACCAAAGAAUAAUCACUGCCAUCCAAAGCUUAAAAAACAUUUUACAGACACUAAGGCCAUGCAGCGCUCUCUAUGGAUACAGGUAUCCUGAAUGCCUCUAUAGUGACAAGUUCUAGAUCACAGCUAUUGACAAAGGGUUAGUUCACCCCAAAAUUAAAAUUCUGUCAUUAAUCACUCACCCUCAUGUCAUUCCAAACCUGUAAGACUUUCGUUCAUCAUCAGAACACAAAUGAAGAUCUGUCCCUCCAUAGAC